AACAAAGCCAGAUUUUGCUGUUGGGUCGUGCAUUCCGAGUCAGAAGAGUAUGUCAUGGAAAGGGUUCAAAAUUACUGGCUACGCUACAAUCGUGUACAUGAUUUAAUUGUUGUCAAAAAUGAUCCGAUUUCUGACGUUGAGUUUCUUUGCACAUGA